CAACUUACUUCUCUGAAUUCAAGUUUCAAAAAUCAAGUUCCAAAGUUAAAAUCCUCCAUUCCUUCUUCCUCUGGUUACAUUUCUCCACAGGCAUCAAGCUUCAACCCCACAGAGACGGUUCCAGAGACGGGAAGAUGAACAACAACCGCCGGAGGCAAAGGAGAGAAGAGGAGGUGGGAGAUGAUCGGGGUUUGAUUUGGAAGUUGCCGCAAGUCAAGCUUAAGGAACUUGGCAAAGUUGGCCCUGCUUUUGGAUUCGGCGCCGGCUGUGGUCUUGGCUUUGGCAUUGGUCUCAUCGGAGGUGCGGGAUUUGGUCUUGGAGUUCCUGGCUUUCAAGUAGGCUUUGGAUUUGGUGCUGGAUGUGGCGUUGGCUUGGGAUUUGGUUAUGGUGUUGGGACAGGCAUAGCUCAUGAUGAGCAUAAGACGUAUUCUAAUGUUGGAAAGUUGUUAGAUUCACAAAAUCUUCCUUCUCAGGAUGAUAUCAGUGCCCUUAUUGAUGAGCUUGUUCUUAAUACCAAGAAGCUAGCCAGAGCUACUUCAAAAGAAAUUGACAAGUGGAGGAGAUGAAUUGAGUUUGCAGGUUUCAGAGUGUAAAAUGAAAUUUCACUGAUUAGCUCUUUAGUACAGUACUCUGCUCUGAGACUAUAGAACUACAAAUAUGCAUGUGCUUUUGAAAUUAUAGAAACUAGCUAUCUUGUGUUCAUGCUGUGUGGCAAGCAUGGAUGAUUCUACCUUAUAGAUUUUUCAGAAAUUUUAUUCUAGAUUGGUUGGACAAAAACGAAUGUUAAUUAUUGGUAACACCAACAGGCAUGGUUAUGUUGCCUGUUCUAGAAUCUAAAGUUGCCUCAGUUGAGAUGAACAUUUGUCCUCAGCAGCAGUACCCCAUGAGUAUGAUAC